CAGUGUAGUAGCCCCACUAUAUGAGCGCAGCCCAGCGAUCCGAGCAGGGACUGUGUUAAAGGAGGCGCACGAUGGAUGGAACCGACGCGAACCGGAGGAGCUGCUCCAAGGCAGAGACCGAGCCGCUGCAGGCAGUCGGUCUGGCCGGGGACAAUGACAGCCAGGGCAGCCCUGCUGGGAACGACAGAGUUACUUUGAAGAAGGAAAUUGGACUUUUGAGCGCGUGUGCCAUUAUUAUCGGAAACAUCAUCGGCUCGGGGAUCUUCAUCUCUCCUAAGGGGGUCCUGGAGCACGCGGGCUCCGUGGGCCUGUCCCUCAUCGUGUGGGUGCUGGGCGGAGGGAUCUGCGCCCUGGGCUCCAUGUGCUAUGCCGAGCUGGGCGUCACCAUCCCCAAGUCUGGAGGAGACUACUCCUACGUCACCGAGAUCUUCGGCGGCCUGGUUGGGUUCCUGCUGCUGUGGAGCGCGGUGCUCAUCAUGUACCCCACCACGCUGGCCGUCAUCGCCCUCACCUUCUCCAACUACGUCCUGCAGCCCGCCUUCCAGGACUGCGUGCCGCCCUACAUGGCCACCCGGCUGCUGUCCACCAUCUGCAUCUUGUUCCUCACCUGGGUGAACUGCUCCAGCGUUCGUUGGGCCACCCGGAUCCAGGACGUCUUCACCGUGGCGAAGCUCCUCGCUCUGGGCCUCAUCAUCGUGGUGGGGCUGGUCCAGAUCUGCAGAGGCUACGGCGACAACCUUGUGCCCAGCGUGGCGUUCGAGUUCCUGAAGGAGCCGUCCGUGGGUCAGGUGGCGCUGGCAUUCCUCCAGGCCUCCUUCGCCUUCAGCGGCUGGAACUUCCUCAACUACGUCACCGAGGAGGUGGUGGAGCCGCGCAAGAACCUGCCCCGGGCGAUCUACAUCUCCAUCCCCCUGGUGACGCUGGUCUACACCCUGACCAACAUCGCAUACUUCUCCUCCAUGACGCCGGAGGAGCUGCUGGCUUCCAACGCAGUGGCCGUGACGUUUGGAGAGAAGUUGCUGGGGAUGUUCUCCUGGGUGAUGCCCAUCUCUGUGGCUCUGUCCACCUUCGGAGGGAUCAACGGAUACCUGUUCACCUCCUCCAGGCUGUGUUUCUCAGGGGCCAGGGAGGGCCACCUGCCCUACCUACUGGCCAUGAUCCACCUGAAGAACUGCACCCCCAUCCCUGCUCUGCUGCUCUGUUGCAUCGCCACCAUCUUCAUCCUGUGCAUCGGUGAGACCCACAACCUCAUCAACUACGUGUCCUUCAUCAACUACCUGUCCUACGGGGUCACCAUCGCCGCACUGCUCUACCUGCGCUGGAAGAAGCCCAACAUCAUGAGGCCCAUCAAGGUGAACCUGCUGAUCCCCAUCAGCUACAUGGUGUUCUGGGCCGUGCUGCUGGGCUUCAGCAUGUACUCUGAGCCCGUGGUGUGCGGCCUGGGCAUGGUCAUCAUGCUGACCGGCGUGCCCGUCUACUUCCUGGGCGUCGUCUGGAAAAACAAGCCCAAAUGGGUGUACAGCACCCUGGAGCGGGUCACCUACGUGGGCCAGAAGCUGUGCUACGUGGUGUUCCCCCAGGACGACCCGCUGGAGCUGGUACCCCUCGCCCCGUCCAAGGCCAGCGACUGACCCGCCCCCUGACCCCCGACCCGUGACCCGUGACCCCGACCGGAGCGCUCUGAUCCUAUGCCAGUGGUUCUCGUCACAUUCUCCCUGUGUGUGUGUGUGCGUUAGGGCUUUGACUCCGAACUUCGUUAUUCGAAUGUAAUUCAAAUAACAAAAAAAAAAUCAAAAUUCGAACGAAUAUUAGGCAGCCCAUAAUAUUCGAAGCUGUUACGGGCAGGCCAAGAGGGAGAGACGUCGGAGAACCCGACGCAGUCUAUUCAUAAUAUUGUAAUGACCACGGAAGAGGCAGUGAAUGAAGUAUUGAUUACACAGCGAUUUAUUAGAAACCUAAUAAACCGUUGGAACGCGCAAGACCGGUAACCAUAGCAACAAACCUCGCGAAGCCCAAUCCAGGUCUUACUGAAGGCAUUUAAUGGUCAAAAUAUUAUUAAUAAUUAUUCGAAUAUAUUCGAAUAUUAAUAUUAAUUAACGAACGAACUUCGAAUAUGAUUUUUGGGCAAAAGUCAAAGCCCUAGUGUGCGUGUGCGUGUGUACGUGUGUGUGUGUGUGCAUUGAGUAUUUUUAUGAAACAGUCCAUUGUCGAUGCUCCAGUUCUAAGCUGUGGAUGAGUGAGUGAUGGAUGGAUGAAUGGAUAGACAGACGAUGGACGAAUGGACAGAUGGAGUGGGGUCACACACUGGUCGCAUACGCAGAAGACAUCGCAUGUUUCUAAAAUGUGAACCACAGGUUUCAAUAACGGUGCUUCCCCCCCCUCCCCCCUCCUCCCUCCUGCCAGCUCAACU